AAGGUGAUGUGCCUCUGGCACAGUACGGAUGAAGAGCGUUCUCUCGCGGAUCGUCAGCCGGGCCAAACGAGUGGUUUCGCGCCGGUAUUUGAGCCUGACGACGAUGGCCAAGAGCAAGUUCGAGUACGUGAAGGAGUUUGAGCGAGACGACAAUUGUCUGCCGAACUGCUGGAUUGUGAUUCGAAUAGACGGCAGGAAUUUCUCGAGGUUCUGUGACACGCAGAAGUUCGACAAGCCGAACGACGUGGCCGCACUCCAGCUGAUGAAUCGCGCCGCUAUCACCGUUAUGGAGGAUUUCAAGGAGAUUAUAUUGGGUUUUGGCCAGAGCGACGAAUACUCAUUUGUCUUCCGAAAAGACACGCAGCUUUACAAACGCAGAGCGUCAAAAUUAAUGUCUAACGUAAAUUCGUUAUUUGCCUCGGCGUACGUUUAUCACUGGCCCAGUUUUUUCAGUGACAAAAAAUUAUAUUAUCCACCUUCAUUUGACGCUCGUGUUGUAUUAUAUCCAACCGAUAAAAAUUUAAGAGAUUAUCUGGCUUGGCGACAAGCUGACGUACAUGUUAAUAACUUGUAUAAUACUUGCUUUUGGAAUCUUAUUCAGAAGGGAAAAUUAACUCCGAAUCAGGCAGAUGAAAAACUUAGAGGCACACUGGCAUCACAUAAGAACGAGUUGCUUUUUCAAGAAUUUGGUAUAAAUUAUAAUAAUGAACCGCCUCUGUUUCGAAAGGGUACAACGCUUAUUCGGAAAUUGGUGUCCGACGGUACAGGAAGAUUGAAACCUGCUGUAGUUCCUUUGGUAGACGAUAUUAUUGGUGAUCGUUUCUGGAAAGAGAAUCCCGAAGUAAUUGGUUUGAAAAGUUUAGCAACUUAUCAACAACCAAACUUAACGAAUAGCAUUAACAAUACAGUGCCUGUGCCCGCUCCUCCUUCUCCUACCAUGACAAAACUGGGAAACGAUGUUUCUCCAUCUUCACAAGUGACCAAUGUAAAUUUAGUUAAUGAAGAAGUGUAUCCUAGUAGAGGCAGAGAGACAAACGGAGAUCAAAGGCAGUGUGAAAGCGAACGUAUUUGUAAGAGAUAAGUUUGUACCUUGUUCUUUUUUAUACAAUAAAAGUAACUUGAAACUAUAUCUA